CUCAGACUUGCAACACGUGAGGCUAAAUUGGAAAUUGUGUGCCAAGAAGAUAGUUGUUGGAAUUGCUGUUGCAAGUGCAUUUAAAGUUUCUAUGCCACUUAAGUGCCUCAAAAUUAUUCUAACAUAUUUAACUUUUAUGCGUAAACGAUGCGUCCUAAUUAAAAGGCAAAUAACCGUUUAGUGUCAUGAUCCUAAUGUGCUGGAGUCAUACUGUAAAUUUUAAAAUGGCUACCAGGAGCUAUUUAGGAUUUACAGUGAAAGCAACUAUAGCUAUAUAAAAGCAGCGUUUUGUGGGACCUCUCUGCAAUGUUCAGCUUUUUUGGGGGGGUUGUGGAUCUUAUAACUCUAACUGCACUGUUCACUAGUCUCCAAGAGUGACUGCAGGCACAACUUGGACCAGAAAUAGCACUUCAAAGUUUUGCAUUACGCUGGUGCUGUGGUGCCUCUGAAGGCUACAGCUGUGAGCCUCAUGAACCCCAUGCGCAAAGGCCAUUUAAUAAACAUCUUUUGGAUCCGUCAUGUCUCAAAAUAUUGACUCAAUUUCUAACGUGCUGGAUAUGACGCUGUCAGCAACAAUUUUGACAAGUCAAUUCAGAGAAAUAACCAAGAGGAAUAUAGUUUUAAAAUAAUUUUUGUCAUAUAAAAAUAUUAUCCAAGUGAGCGAGUGUCCUUUUAUUCAGCAUGCUCAGCUAAUUACUUUGUUAAUUUCUGAAAACGACACAGUCAGUCAUCCAAAAACACAAGUUUAUAUUAUGUCCAGUUGAUUUGCUUAUCAACGAAAAUAAAUAAAGUGUGAGGAGGUUCAGAUACUGACGAGCGCCUCUGACAAUAAAUUUAGGUUUGUAGUUUUACAACCUUCACAAAUUAUGAUCAUCGUAGAAGUCAAAUAACGCAUACACAUUUCAUAUUUAAAAUCAAAGUGAUCAGUACUAUGUGUUACCAUAUUUAAGGUCACUUUCAAGCAGUAAUUUAUUUUUGUCUGCAACUACAAAGAAAGCGUUCAGUCCAACCCCCCCUCCAAGAAUCUUAAGCGUUCGGUAACACAAUUUUGGUUGCAAUACACAAGAUACAACUCAAAAAAACUUAAAACAAUGAAGUCAUAACUGUUAACGUAAUAACUUAAUUACAAGAGUAUUACUAGGGCAAGACAAAAAAAUAUAUUUUAAAUCACGUAGUUGUGAUAUUCAAGUAAAUUAGUAAAAAUGUCAUGUUUGUUACAGAGACAAAAAAAAUGCCCUCCCGGCUGAACACUAUAAUCCGUGUACAGUAACAUUUUAAUGACUACACAUUGGAUUUUUAAAAUAGUCCUGUUCGUCGGCUGAUGGUUUAAAAAGACAAAGUCCAUGGGAAAAAUAAUCAACAGUGAGUGGUAGAUAAUUUAUACGACAUGUUGUUAUGAUCCAUAUCUUUCUUUUAAGCAUUCAAACAAAAAGCAGAAAAUAAUCAAGAUCAAUAACUAUAGUUUGUAGGAUAAUAUCGUAGUAACCGAUACUUACAGUACACACACGUUUUAUUUUGAACUUAAGUCUGCAACGGCACCACCUCCUGUGACCCUCAGCUGCUGCCGUCCUGGGUCUAAAGCAAAAUUACCCCGGAUCAUAACAACAGGUCCCGUCCAUUACAUUUUUUUCCCCCCUCGGAACAAUGGCCGCAGCUCGCCCUUAUUCACACUUACUACACACACGGAUCCCACCAAGCAGAGCACGGAGUCAACACUGUGGUAGCUAUCCCGGACACUAUGGUCAUCACCCUGACGCUGGGAACCAUACCCUCUUCUCCGGACUCCAUCACGACCAACCUUCUAGCGGAUCACCGGGUGGCCAAGCGUUGAAUGGACAAAUAAGGUUAGGACUACCUGGAGAAAUGUAUGUGAGGUCUGAUCACUUGAGUCAAGUGGCAAGCUCCAGGGCUGAUCCGUUCUCCGCCUCGCCUUUGCAUGGCUACGGUGGUCUGAAUCUGAACAUGAAUCUUAACGCUCACCACCACCACCACCACCACCACGGAGCCGGUGCCUUUUUCCGCUACAUGAGGCAGCCGAUAAAGCAAGAGCUGAUUUGCAAGUGGCUGGAGCCAGAGCUCUCGCCGAAGAAACUUUGCUCCAAAACUUACAGCACCAUGCACGAACUCGUAACGCAUGUGACGGUGGAGCACGUUGGAGGACCAGAGCAGGCGAACCAUAUAUGUUUUUGGGAAGAGUGUCCGAGGGAAGGCAAACCCUUUAAAGCCAAGUACAAACUUGUAAAUCACAUUCGAGUGCACACCGGGGAGAAACCAUUUCCAUGCCCAUUCCCUGGAUGUGGGAAAGUGUUUGCAAGAUCCGAGAAUCUUAAGAUCCACAAAAGGACGCACACAGGUGAGAAGCCCUUCAAAUGUGAGUUUGACGGCUGCGACAGACGCUUCGCCAACAGCAGUGACCGGAAAAAGCACUCCCACGUCCACACCAGCGAUAAGCCCUACAACUGCAAAGUGAGAGGCUGCGAUAAGUCCUACACACACCCCAGCUCCCUGAGGAAACACAUGAAGGUGCACUGCAAGUCCCCCCCGCCCAGUUCAGGCUACGAGUCAUCCACCCCGUCCCUCGUCUCCCCCUCCUCAGACUUGGGCCGGGAGCCAGGAGGCUCCUCGGUGCUGUCGGAGCCGGUGGGAUCCUCCCAGCCCGCGAAUUUAAGUGAAUGGUACGUGUGCCACAGUUCAGGUGCCAGCGGCGCCCAAACACCACCCAGCGGGCCCUCCACGCCCGACCCCACAGACGAGCCACCAUACAGAAACCCAGAACCCAGGGACGCGUUUUAACCGAAUUGGACUCAAACACGGUGCCAGACAGAACACAUUUUCAAAAAGCUUAACUGUUAAAAAUGGUUUGGCUUUGGUGCCUAUAUGCCUGUGAGGCCCCUCUGGUCUCCCCCCUCCCUUGGAUGAGCCACCAAACAUACACCCAGAGCCAAGAGACGCGUUUUAACCACAUUGGAAGGAAAAUGUGCAAACCUUAAAGACGUGCUAAUUUCCAGGCACAAUAAAAGAAUAUAUUUUCAAACCUCAGCGAUUCAAAAUGGUUGGCUCAGUGCCUGUACGCCCUGACGGCCCACUGGUCCACUUGUGGAGAGAGUCGUGUAAAUCCGUUAGACUAUGUGGUACAUUAUUGUAGGCUAGGCAUGUUGGUGUGAAAUUAUUUUGUAAAUUCGAGUUUUGACUUCAACAUGUUUUUAUUUAUUUUUCAAUCUGAUCUUGAAGGAUUUUGUAUUAUCGAACCAAAGUGCAUGUUUCAAUUGGGUCAAAAAUGUACAUUUGUAAAUUUUGUAAGUUUCGAUGUGUUGAUGUUGAUAGUUUUUGUAAGGUUCUGUCUUAAAGCAGUUUCUUACUGAUUACUGCAGUUAUUUGUACAAACAUUUUCUGUUUACAGCAUUUUUUUCCCCCAUUUGUGCCAUUGAGGGUCAACAAUCGAACUGUUUCAUAAGUCUGCAGUAUUUGAUAUAAGACCGUGAAAUUAUAAAUGUUUUAUCAAAGUGGGCAUUUUGUGCUUUUGUAUCAUUGUCGUCAAUAUUUUUUUUUCUUUUUGAAUAUCUGAAAUCGAGCGGCACUCAAAAUUCGUACCGAACUGCCUUGUAAUUUGUGAGUAUUUUGAAUAAAUCUUGUAUGACUAAAGCGAAAA